ACGGAAUAAAACUAUCUCACGAGUCAAUCCAAAUAUAUUUGGUAUAUCAUCUCCGAUGGAAAUUAUUUUCUAUUUAGAAAUGAAACUCCAAAGAGUCUACUUUUCCAAGUAAAUUAGGUACCGAAGCAAUUUAAUUUUAAUUAAGAAAUUAAAAAAAAUAAAAAAAGAAAUACUGAUUAUUUUUUUAUAAUUAAAAAAAUAAAAAAAUUAAAAAUAAAAAUAAAAAAAAGUUAUUUCGGUCAGUCAACUGUUUCUGAGUCAAAGUGGUGUAGUCUCGAUCAAUUCUAUGCAUUUAUACUUGGCUUCACGUUCAUGAUCCACAUGAUGCUCUGCAUCAUAACCACUGGUUCCGUCCAUCCCAACUCUUACCCCUUUCGUCACAUAUGAAGGUGACUUGUGUGCUCUCAGUCGAAGUCUUCUUUAGAGAGCGAGUCGGUACAAUUAAUUCCAUGCAUGAUGUAAUGGAGCGGAGAAAGUUAGAGCAAGGAAUGGAAGAAAUUGUGUUCAUCAGUUGGCUUACAAAUUUGUGAUUUGGUAUAGCGUAGCAUGCACCUCCACUAUUGUUGUGCAUGGUUGUGGCGGCCAGGAGUAGGAAGGUUGGGAGGGAGAUCAAACUACGCGCCAUGGCUUUCUCAUCAUUCUUAUCGUCAUUGUUGUUGUGCCUGUUGGGCAUCCUCCUUCUCCACGGGGCAGCGGUGGCACGAGGGUGUUUUAGCAUGGAGAGGGAGGCGCUGCUGGACUUCAAAGCUGGUGUCGGAGACACCCGCAACCGGCUAUCUUCUUGGACCGGCCACCACUGUUGCACAUGGAAGGGAGUGGCCUGCGACACCACCACUGGCCACGUCGUCAUGCUCGACCUCCGAAACACAAAUACUACAGAUGAUUGGGCAUUACGCGGGGAGGGGAUGAUGAACUCGUCAUUACUUGCUUUAUCUCAUCUGAAGCACUUGGAUCUUAGCUUCAAUAAUUUCAGCGGGAUCCGCAUGCCGGAAUUCAUCGGCUCCUUCAAGAAACUGAGAUACCUCAAUCUAUCUUCUACACGAUUCAUGGGAGGAAUACCUGCUCGGCUGGGGAACCUUUCGAGCCUCUACGUUCUUGAUCUAAGCUAUGCUUUAGAUUUUACAUCCCUCGACAACCUCGACUGGCUCUCCCAUCUCACGUCCCUGAAGCACCUGGACUUGAGCGAGUUGAACCUAACCGAUGUCCCAGAUUGGUUCUCAUCCGUGAACAUGCUGCCAUCCCUCCAAGUGUUAAGUAUGUCUUACGUUGGUCUCGAUACCAUCCCAGCUUCUGUUGUCCAUGUCAACUUCACCUCCUCUCUUACCGUCCUUGAUCUCUCCUAUAAUCAUUUCGACUCCACCUUACCCAAAUGGUUGGGGAAUAUUACUAGUCUUACCCAUCUUGAUCUCCAUUACUCUGGGUUCUAUGGCGUUAUUCCCGAUACAAUUGGAGACUUGGGCGGACUGAAAGAAUUACAUAUGCCGGGCAACCAAUUGACAGGAAAUUUGAGCGGUUGGUUGGAGCAAAUGACGAAUCUCAUCAUUUUGGAUCUCCAAUAUAAUUUAUUCAACGGUUCCAUGCCUUCCUCCUCCGUUGGUAAGUUGUCUAAUCUCACCGAAUUGAAUCUCGCUGGAAAUUCUCUUGGAGGUGUCAUUUCAGAAGUUCAUUUGGAGAAUCUUACCAGAUUACAAGGGUUGGACUUGUCUUACAACUCCAUCACCAUAUCCAUUGGACAGAGUUGGGUCCCCCCUUUCCAACUCAGUUAUGUAGAUUUAACCGAUUGUCAGUUGGGACCUCAAUUUCCAGAGUGGUUGCAGUUCCAAACACAGAUGGAAAUAUUAUAUUUGGCAGACUGUAAAAUUGCAGGGACAAUGCCCGCUUGGGUUUGGAAUAUUUCAUCUUCUACCAUCAUAUUUUUAGACCUUUCCAACAACCAAAUAGGAGGGAAGCUGCCAUCUUCUUUAAAGUUCACCAAGCUGGAAAGAUUAUUUUUGGAAUUUAACAGAUUUGAAGGUCCAUUACCAACGAUGCUACCGUCUACACUUGAUAUUCUAUACCUCUCCAAUAAUUCCUUUACAGGGCAAUUGCCGAUGGCACUCUCAGAUAACAUGCUUGAUGGUGACUUAUCUUCAACAAUCUGUCAAUGGACAUAUCUCAAACACCUUGACCUUUCGAGCAACAAAUUACUUGGUGAGAUCCCUUAUUGUCUGGGAAAAUCAUUACAAAAUCUUUCUAUCUUGAAAUUGGACAACAAUCACUUCUCGGGUGAAAUUCCAUACACGAUCGGAUUUUUAAGAGAGCUUCAGCAAUUGCAAUUGAAAAAUAACAGUUUUUCGGGUGAGGUUCCUUUGUCAUUGAAAAAUUGUACAAAGUUAAUGUUUCUUGAUCUGGCUCAAAAUAAUUUUGUCGGAAGUAUAACGCUUUGGAUGGGAGAAAAUUUACAACAACAACUGCUAGUACUUCGUCUACGUUCAAAUAUGUUUUCUGGAGUUAUUCCUUGGCAACUUGCUGGAUUUAAAAGGCUUCAAAUAUUGGAUCUUGCAAAUAAUAAUUUUUCUGGAUCAAUACCUCACAACAUUGGUAAUUUAAGUGCUUUGAGAUCGACAUCACAAUAUUACGAUACUUGUUCUGAUGGAUUAGAUAUCUUUACGAAGGGACAAGAUCUUUAUUAUUUACAAUGCAGCAUAAAUUUUAUGAAAAGUUUGGAUCUUUCGAACAAUAGACUAACCGGAGAGAUACCAAAAGGAAUUGGAGACCUUGCAGGACUCGAGAACUUAAAUUUGUCAAUAAAUCAUUUACAAGGGAAAAUCCCUUGGGAGAUAGGAGGAAUGAAAUCAUUAGAAUCCCUUGAUCUAUCGAUGAAUGAUCUUUCUGGUAGCAUUCCUGAGAGUUUAUCGGCUUUAUAUUUCUUGAGCUAUUUGAAUUUAUCGUAUAAUAAUCUUUCGGGAAUGAUACCAUCUGGUCAUCAACUCCAAACACUCAAUGAUCCAUCCAUCUAUAUGGGCAAUGCUGACUUAUGUGGACCACCAAUUUCCAAAAGUUGUUUUAACAAUAAAUCAACUCAAAAUAUUUUGCAAGAGUACAAGAAGGAGAAUCCCGAGUGGCUAUGGUUCUAUAUCAGCAUGGUACUAGGAUAUGUGAUGGGAUUUUGGACCUUUUGUGGUAUUCUCUUCCUCAAAGACGCAUGGAGGCAUGCUUAUUUCCAUAUGAUUGAUGAUAUGUAUGAUUGGUUCUGGGUACAAUGGUAUUUAAUCUUUUGAUGAUUGUUUAGACUUUAAUUCUAAAAUUUCUAGUAUGGAUGAUCCAAGACUUUAUGGUAGAUGGAGAGAAGAUGCUUGAGAGUAGAUUGAAUUUGGUUAUGCAUCGAGACAAUAAAUUAAAUCAUUAAUGGUUCAAACUCUUGAGACUUGUGAUGUAAUAAUUCAUUAGUGGGAUGUCUUUGAUGAACUUUAUUUGUGUUUAAGAGCUCAAUAUGCUGCUGCUGCUGUUAUAUGUGGACAUUAUGGAUGUCUUCGUUCUGUAUUGUGUAAAGUGCAUAGAUUUGGAUUUAAUAGGUCUAUGUUAUGUAAUUGGAGGUGAUGGAACUCAAAAAAGGAACCGCUGCAAUAUUUGAAGUAGUUAGAAAAUAGAAGUUCUUUAACAAUGUUUUUGUUGGUAUUUGUUCA